CUGAGACUAUCCACCGGAAUAAGAUUUCUGCAUGCUCCCAGCAUUGCUUUGCCUUAGCAACUACUAUCGGGCUUUUCUUGCGCAGCUCUCGCUACACACCAUCAUGUCGACCCUUCCAGAACCAGAGCAACCACUCAUGUGUCUUGACGAGUACAUCACCCUCUGCGCCGACCUUCACAAUACCCUCAUCGACAAAUCUAUCCCUCCAGACUCCCAGCCACUAGAAAUCUCAACCGAUCUCCUCCAACGAUACGAAUCCUACCGGGCCAAUCCCCCUUUCGACCCCUACGCAGGGGUUCCCGAUCCCCCCGCUCUAGAUUGCCUUUCGUCCAUCGCCAUCCUCCUGUCUCAGCUUAGAACCACUAUCACUCCCUCAAAGGGUCAACACAUCCCCCUAACUCCCCUUCUCUACCAGCCCAUGCCAGAAUGGUUCUUUCCGCCCCUGUAUAGCUACGACAUCGAGGCCGCCGACUCCCCCUUUCUCCUCCUGUACCCCCAGCGUCUCCCCUCCGAGCCUUGCAUAGACGGUGGCCUCUUUGUACACAUUUACACCCUCGACGGCAUCUGGCUUCAAGCCCCUCCCGGUCCCGCAAUGCCUCCCCCACAAAAAUAGCUCCCCCUCGAUUAUCUCCUCGAACCGGGACAACAUCUCGGAGUAAACGACUCGUGGGGACAAGCCAGAAUCAAUGUACAUGUACAAAUACCAUACGCAUGACAUGAAUAGGUGUGAAGGUGCUGGACAAACGGUGCACGGGCACCUUGUGCCAUGCGCAUUGCUUCAUCAAGGCCCAGAAUCGCGAUUAAAACCCAAGGGCGAGUAAGGU